AUGUUUCAGUUUCAGAUUCUCUACCUCACAAUAUGCUCGCUAACUCAAGCAGCGUACAUCAGUCGUAUGGCAAAUGUAAACAGGAUCCGAGGGCCUGUGCCGUUCAGGCCAGGAGUAACACUGUCCAGACCGUGGACACAUCCUCGGCUCGUUCAGGCAGCUUCACACCGAGUGCCCUAUGUGAUUUAUAGAAAUCCACCGCAUAGAUAUGCAGUAAAGCACUACCAGUCUGUUCCCCGCAAGGUAUUCACCGGAAGCCCAUGGAAGACUACGGCGAAAUUGCCUCCGAUAACGCCCGUGACGCCGGAGUACGAGUUCAUAAGAGCCGCCUCCGCCACCCCAUCGCUGCGAACUGAUGAUGGUGCUAUUCACACCAUACCAGCACCGAACCUCAGCUUGUCGGAGAAGCCCAUCGUGGUCAUCGACGCUACUGAAAGUCUGGUCCACCCUAAAUCACACAUUACAGAUCAGUCUAAAUCCGUGUACGAAGUUACAGAAAAACCUGCUGAACCUAUGUACCAAAUCAGUCCAAAAAUUGAAUUUCCCGUUGGAUUUUCAAAAGCAACGUCAUUAACGCAACCAGAAAUUCAAUCCCUGGUGAGAAAUGGUGUUGCACUACAAUUUGCAUCAGAUUAUGGUCUAUCUGCAAUCGCUCUACCACAGCCUCCUAUACCUCAGUCUCCGGUACCAAUACCUCAUCAGUUUACAAUGCAGGGAUUCAACGGUAUCCCAACGCAAGAUAUUACCAACAGUGGUGCAGAUGGAAUUGUAAUUCAAUCACCACAAGUGGUGUACCAACCAGAUCCAAUAUUCUUGCAGAAAUUACAAGGCCAACUAAUGCAAAGAUUCCCGUCUGUGGAGUUUAUACCAUAUGCUGCGGAUCCUCCACAAUCUUCAAUCCCAUUACAAAUACAGACUCAAACUCCAUCGCCGCUUUAUUUAUUAGAACACGAAGAAAUAACUAAGCAGACUCCAACGUCAUUUGAACCGCCCAAACAUGUUGUACAAAGAGAAACACCAGAGAGUACGAUAGUAACUUUAGUUCCUCAAAAACUAAUAGUGAAUAACGUUACAGAAAAUCAAAUCGAAGUUGUAUCAGUAACUGAACCCCAAAAUGUAACUGUUGAAAUGUUAACGGCUGAAUCACAGCCCGGAACUACUACAAUUAAAUACGUCAUUGAAACAAAGGAACCACAAGCAGUGCAAAAUGCUACACCUAUAUAUUACGCUCAAAUAGGACAAAGUGUCGGAGACACUAUAGCUAAAGGAUUUUACUCAGCAAUUAACGACGUAAGAGCAGCCGCUGCUUUAGUACAAGUGGAAAAACCACAGGAACAAACGACAAAAAUAGAGAACAUGACUGCAACGACUAUUAAUCCAGAUUUAAAAGCUUACUUUGUACAAAAAUCGGAAAACCAAAGCAAUGAAACCGAAGUGAAGCCACUCUUGGGUGUUCCAUUUACAAAAACAGCAGAUUCUGUUAAUAUUGCUUAUACUUUGUUGAGGGCAAGUGACAAAGUGCCAAAAGUGACACAGGAAGGAGCUGUUUAUGCUGGACAAAUAGUAGAAGCUACCAUAAGUGAAGAUCAUGAUUUCAAUAAACAAAAGAAUAGUCUUAUUGCAAAAAGAGCACCGUUACGUCUCAUGGCAGUGGAAGAAAAUAAAAACGCGUCAAUGACUGCAAUCACUCCGCAAAAGUUUACUGUUGUUAAAGCUAAAAUACCUCCAAAAAGCAAACUGACUUUUGAUGAUAAAACUGGUGAACCAGUUCUGAGAAUAUACGCCAGUUAUAUGAAUAAUCCCUUGCAGAAAGAAAUAAUAACAUCUAAAUUGGCCAACAUUAAAAAUGUGAAAGAAAUUUUAUCGAAAAAACAAGACAGCGUCACUGAUUGGAAAGGAGCCACGAUUAAGGCGUUAGAUGAUGCUCAAGACCCUAACCACGUUACUCAUUUUGGACUCAAACUUAGGUCUAGGAGUGACGAUUACAUACCACUUUUUGAAGAAUAUGAAGAGUAGUUAUAGAUUAUUGUAAUUUCUACUUGUUUGAAUACAUCUAAAUAUCGUAAAAUAUUCACUUUACUCAUCAGAUUACAGAAUCUAUUGAUUGAAAACAGGGUAACUGUACAGGGUUAUGUGUAGGUACUUUUAAAAAUAUAUUCCUGAAGACAAAAUUGUUACAGAGAAGUUAUUUUUAAAAAUUAAUGUUUCUCUGUCUAUAGAUUCUUUCUCUAUCAUUUUUUUAAUACUAGCUGAUAGAUUGUUAAUUGAGGAAGAGUCCAUAGAAACAACGUAAAUACACGGAUCUCAAUAACGUUACACAUUUUGUUACAAAAUACAGGCUUUAUAGGAUUCUAAUUUGGAUGAAAUAUAUGUUGUUUAUUUAACUUUUUCAUGCCACUAUUGUCUGAUGGUAAGUUAUUAACCUAGAGUAGGUUUGAGGUUUUUGAUACCUUCUUGUUGUAAAUAAUUUUGUUAAUUUUAUAAAAUUAGAAUUAUUAUAGUGCAUUUAGCAGUUUAGUACGUUAUUAAAA